GCGAGGUUCCGGGGGUGGGGCGGCCCAGAGGCGAGCGGGCGAGCAGGGCCGCGGGCCGCGGCGAGCAGGCAGGCGGCGGCGGCGGCCGAGGCGGAGAGAGCGGCGUGGGGGUGCGGCCGCCGAAGGGGAGCUCCUCCCCCGUCCCCUCACCCCCUCAGCUGAGCUCGAGUCGGGGCGGGGCGGGGUACGUGGAGCGGGGCCGGGCGGGGAGCUGCUCCGAGUCCGGCCGGAGCGCAGCCGGGGCGCCCGCGUUCGCCGCUCGCGGGAACUUUGCGGCGGAGCCGCAGGUGUGGAGGCCGCGGAGGGGUGCAUGAGCGGCGCGAGGGCGGCGCGGAGAGCGGCGGCUGUCCGGUCCGGCCCCUGCUGGAGUCGCCGCCGGGAGGAGGCGAGCGAGGAGCCAGGUGUGUGCCUUCUUCCUGAUACUGGAGAAAAAUGCCGGUCCGGAAGCAAGAUACCCAGAGAGCAUUGCAUCUGUUGGAAGAAUAUCGAUCGAAACUAAGCCAAACUGAAGACAGACAGCUCAGAAGCUCCAUAGAGCGGGUUAUUACCAUAUUUCAGAGCAACCUCUUUCAGGCUUUAAUAGAUAUUCAAGAAUUUUAUGAAGUGACCUUACUUGAUAAUCCAAAAUGUGUGGAUCAUUCAAAGCAGUGUGAACCAGUUCAGCCUAUGAAUACUUGGGAGAUUGCCAGCCUUCCAAGCACUGCUGUGACUUCAGAAACCCUGCCCAGCAGCCUUAGCCCUCCAGUAGAGAAAUACCGGUAUCAGGAUGAAGAAGUACUUCCUCCAGAGCAUAUUUCCCCACCAUUCACAAAUGAGGUGCUAGGUCCAGAAUUGGUUCAUGUCUCAGAAAAGAACCUGUCAGAGAUUGAGAACGUCCAUGGAUUUGUUUCUCAUUCUCAUAUUUCACCAAUAAAGCCCACAGAAGCUGUUCCUCCCUCCUCUCCCAUUGUCCCUGUGACCCCUGCCCUGCCAGUCCCUGCUGAGAGUACUGUCGUCCUGCCCUCCGCACCACAGGCAAAUCCUCCUCCAGUGCUGGUCAACACAGACAGCUUGGAGACACCAACUUAUGUUAAUGGCACUGAUGCAGAUUAUGAAUAUGAGGAAAUCACACUUGAAAGGGGAAAUUCGGGUCUUGGUUUCAGCAUUGCAGGAGGUACAGACAACCCACACAUUGGAGAUGACUCAAGUAUUUUCAUCACCAAAAUUAUCACAGGAGGAGCAGCUGCCCAGGAUGGAAGACUGCGGGUAAAUGACUGUAUACUGAGAGUAAAUGAAGCAGAUGUCCGUGAUGUAACCCACAGCAAAGCAGUUGAGGCAUUAAAAGAAGCUGGGUCUAUUGUGCGAUUAUAUGUGAAAAGGCGAAAGCCAGCAUCAGAAAAAAUCAUGGAAAUAAAACUCAUUAAAGGUCCUAAAGGUCUUGGGUUCAGCAUUGCUGGAGGUGUUGGAAAUCAGCACAUUCCUGGUGAUAACAGCAUCUAUGUAACCAAAAUAAUUGAAGGAGGUGCAGCACACAAGGAUGGCAAGCUUCAGAUUGGAGAUAAGCUUCUAGCAGUGAACAGUGUCUGUUUAGAAGAAGUUACUCAUGAAGAAGCAGUGACUGCCUUAAAGAAUACAUCUGAUUUUGUUUAUUUGAAAGUGGCAAAACCAACAAGUAUGUAUAUAAAUGAUGGCUAUGCACCACCCGACAUCACUAAUUCUUCUUCUCAGUCUAUUGACAACCAUGUUAGCCCGUCUUCAUACUUGGGCCAGACGCCAGCAUCACCAGCCAGAUACUCACCCAUUUCUAAGGCAGUGCUUGGAGAUGAUGAGAUCACUAGGGAACCUAGAAAAGUUGUUCUUCAUCGUGGCUCAACGGGACUUGGUUUUAACAUUGUGGGAGGUGAAGAUGGAGAAGGGAUUUUUAUCUCAUUCAUCCUUGCUGGAGGACCUGCUGAUCUAAGUGGAGAGCUCAGAAAAGGAGAUCGCAUUAUAUCGGUAAACAGUGUUGACCUCAGAGCUGCAAGUCAUGAACAAGCAGCAGCUGCAUUAAAAAAUGCAGGCCAAGCUGUCACUAUCGUUGCACAGUAUCGACCUGAAGAGUACAGUCGUUUUGAAGCUAAAAUCCAUGACUUACGGGAGCAGAUGAUGAACAGCAGCAUUAGUUCAGGGUCGGGGUCUCUUCGAACUAGCCAGAAGCGAUCCCUCUAUGUCAGAGCCCUUUUUGAUUAUGACAAGACUAAAGACAGUGGCCUUCCCAGUCAAGGAUUAAACUUCAAAUUUGGAGAUAUUCUCCAUGUUAUCAAUGCUUCCGACGACGAAUGGUGGCAAGCCAGACAGGUCACCCCCGAUGGUGAGAGUGACGAAGUUGGAGUGAUUCCUAGUAAACGCAGAGUUGAGAAGAAAGAACGAGCCCGAUUAAAAACAGUCAAAUUCAAUUCUAAAACAAGAGGAGAUAAAGGGCAGUCAUUCAAUGACAAGCGUAAAAAGAACCUCUUUUCCCGAAAAUUUCCCUUCUACAAGAACAAGGACCAGAGUGAGCAGGAAACAAGUGAUGCUGACCAGCACGUAACUUCUAAUGCCAGCGAUAGCGAAAGUAGUUACCGUGGUCAAGAGGAAUAUGUUUUAUCUUAUGAACCAGUGAAUCAACAAGAAGUUAAUUAUACCCGACCAGUCAUCAUAUUAGGACCUAUGAAAGACAGAGUAAAUGAUGACUUAAUCUCAGAAUUUCCUGACAAAUUUGGAUCCUGUGUCCCUCAUACAACUAGACCAAAGCGUGACUAUGAGGUGGAUGGAAGAGAUUAUCAUUUUGUGACUUCAAGAGAACAGAUGGAGAAAGAUAUCCAGGAGCAUAAGUUCAUUGAAGCUGGCCAGUAUAACAACCAUCUCUAUGGAACGAGCGUUCAGUCUGUGCGAGCAGUGGCAGAGAAGGGCAAACAUUGUAUCCUUGAUGUGUCUGGAAAUGCCAUAAAGAGGUUACAGAUUGCACAGCUUUACCCAGUAUCUAUUUUUAUUAAACCCAAAUCCAUGGAAAAUAUCAUGGAAAUGAAUAAGCGCCUAACAGAAGAGCAGGCCAGAAAAACAUUUGAGAGAGCCGUGAAGCUGGAGCAGGAGUUCACUGAACAUUUCACAGCUGUUGUACAGGGGGACACGCUGGAGGACAUUUACAACCAAGUGAAACAGAUCAUCGAAGAACAGUCUGGUCCUUACAUCUGGGUCCCAGCAAAAGAAAAGUUAUGAAGACGAUGUUGCUCUCUCUUUUUUCCAUGGUCCCAUCUCUUACCCUACUCUGGAGUCUGUCUUCAGUGUCCUCCACACUGACGCAGGUCCCCUCCUCAUGGUCGGCAGUUGUGCCCGUUUUUGACAUCUGUGUCCCUUCAUGUUGCAUCAUCUGUACUAUUCUGUGUUACUAUUGGUUUCUGGCCACUUUCCAGAACUGAAGAUGAAUGGCCUGACCAGCUAUCUAGGGUUUGGGGAGAUGCAAAAUUGUAAAAUUCCUUAAUGUUUAAGGGAAAGUUAACUUUAAGAGAUUUUCAGAAAAGCUUUAUAUACAUUCUUUUCCAGUUUCAGUACAAAUGAAAGAAAAGUGGUUUUAAUCAGUGAUUCAGUGGACCUUGAGCAACUCUGCACGCUUAACUCUACUAGCAUGGUUUGGCCAGUGUAUUAGCUCUCAAGUUCUUUCCUCAAUUGACUUCUCCUAUUAAAGUAAUUAUUUCAUUAAAAACAAAUAAGAAAAAUAGGGAUUUAUUUCAAAAUUAAUGUCUGAGUUAACUAUAAUUUCAGGAGGGCUGUUUGUUAUUCAUGACAGGUCUUUAUUGUGUGUGCCCUCCCCUAGGACACUUGCCCAGAAUAACCAUGCGAGUGUUUUUGAUUGGCUUGUGCAACACUGUGGGUAGUGGGUCUCGAGCGUUGUCUGUGCACUGUGGUUAUGGCUCUGUCAGGCUCAGAGAGCUCACUUUACACACACAACUGCAGACAAGAAAGCAUUUUAGUGGACAUAUAGCAAUCAUGGCAGUGGAAAGGAGUCCAAUUCAUAGCCUAAAAUUUUAAUGUAUGCUUAGGGAGGGGUCAGAUUUUAAUGACUAUUUUACCCACAAUAACUGCCUAUUUUGUUAUAAUAAAAUAUAUAUAAAUAUAUAUAAAACUUUGUUUAACUAAACUCUGUAACUAUGGGAAUUAUUUUCUUUACAUAGUUGCACACACAAACAUAUAUAUAUAUAUUUAAAAUAUAUUUUUCUUUUGCCACCUACUUCUAACAUUUUUUUUUGGUUUUUAAAUUAAAUAUUAAUUGAUGCGACUUAUUGUCCUUAAUCAUGUGAUCUGAAGGCAAGCGUACGGUGGCGGUGAGGAGAAACCUCUAGAGAGAUUAGAUGGCGAGUAGAUGUCAAGCCUGUUCUCCUCUUUCCUACAGAAGUUCCAGAAAGUUCCUAGGUUUCUGUCAGUGCUGUAUUCUGUCAUGGGGUUUGAUUGUGGUCCUCUGCCUUUCCUCCUAGGUCUCCUCAUUUUAUUAACAGACAAACAAACUCCAUUUUUGAGAUUCCCCCAGAUACUUCAUCUUGCGUAGCUGCGCUGAACUAGAAUUGCACAGGUCUUAGGGUAAACGAGGAAAUGUUAGUGAGAGGCAGGGUGCCUUCAGAAGGCAGGUCCCCUAGUCCACUAUUAUAUCAUUUGGCUUCCCAUUGCUCUUUGGAAUUGUUUAUUCGAUAUGUGAUUUUGACAACUCUUUAAAAUUUCUUAAAUGAGUACUGGUUUGUAAAGAAUUAUCCAUUCCGUUUAUGAGAAAGAGGAGAACAGCUAAUAAACUUUAUUGUAAAAUCCA